CGCUCCAGUGAAACACUCCAUGGCGACUGAAUUCCCAGACACUGAAGAUACUGCCCCCACCUCGCCCGCGCCGCUCACGCUCACCCGUUAAAUUUUAUUCAAAUUUGAAAUUUCAAAGAACUUAUGGACCACCCUGUAUAAGAGCAGUUGCCCAAAAGUGGAUAGACUCUUUCAUUUACUCGUAUAUCAUCUACAGGAAAAUAAAAAAUGUAAAUUUGAAGGAAACGAAACUAGUUUUUACGGAAAAAUAAAGACGUUAAUUCAAAGAAGGUAUAAUUUAAGUAAAUUAUAGGCAAACCGAAAAGCACAAUGGGUUUUAGAAUCUAAACCAAAUCUUCAGCGUCCACUCACCAUUUUUCAAAUCUGAAAUUUUUCAUUGUUAAUGAACAACCGUUGACAUUCCAUAUCUCCACGUUUGUAAAUUUUUAAUCAACUUUAUUGUGACAAAAUAACCUACUGAAAAAUAUGGCCAGACUUUUGGUUAGCAUAUCAGCAUACGUUUUGCCCUUGAAGAUAACCGUGUAUAAAACAAAAAAAUAACACGAAAUAGCAGGUAUAUAAAACUGACUGUUUAGAUGCAAUGAUUGCUUUAUAUCAAGCUCGACAGUGAGAACAAUACUUCGUUGCAAAAUAAACAAAUCAUUCAAAGAUAACCACAUAUCUGCAUAGUCUGCUAUCUGAAAAUUGGCGCGUGGAUUCUAUCUUCAAUACUGGAAUUCUUGAACAAAGUAACGAGGUUAGGUGGUGAAAACUAAUUCCUAGCUCUCUGAUUUCUGAACGGGACAGACGCUAUUUGCUACUGUGUGUGUUGACGCGACAGUAGAAAAAAACGUAAAGAUCUUCCACAAAGCGCUACGCAUUGUGACUAAACAAUAACUGGAAAUAUGUCCACUAAGGCUGAUAAAUUUGUGAAAACUUACAAGCAGUUGUCGCAGAUCCCGGCUGCUCUAGGUGGGACAAUACGGUCUAAUGGUGUAAUAAGUAGUUUGUGGUCUCAAAGGGACAUAGAAAAGGGUAAAACAACGAAGUUCAUCAAGAAUUUUUUCACAGUUGAUCUGAAACCUGUGGCUGAUGUUAAUCCGAUAGAUGUAUCAACUGAGGUUUUAUCUCGAUUUUCAAAAAGUGAGAAGUACAGAGCAGUCUUGAGGGACUUAGAUAGUAAGCAAUACUUGGAAAUAUGGCAGGGCCAUAAUACUAUCCGCACUGUUGAUCUAAAUGCUUUAGAUGUCCAUGGAUCAGUCUAUUCUGAUGGUGAAUUUUCAUCUUUUGAGUGGUCUCCUGAUGAGAAAAAGCUGUUGUAUGUCGCAGAAAAGAAACCGGUCAAAUCUGAACCAUUUUAUAAGAGAAAAUCACCAACCGCUAAUGAUGAAGGUGGCACUGGAGAUGAAGAAAAGUCAAAGGGUGAAGAAUACCUGUUCAUUCAAGACUGGGGAGAGCAGCUGGUUGGCAAAAAAUACUCCAUCCUGGCCGAAUAUGACGUUGAAAGUGACUCAGUCACCAUUCUAAAAGGGUUGCCGGAUAACAUUUGUAUUGCUCAGCCGAAAUACUCUAAUGAUGGGUCGUACAUUGUAGGUGUAGCAUACGAGGCAGAACCAAGGAAAUUGGGUCUCAUUUAUUGCUCAAACAGACUUAGCACUAUAUUUAGGUUGGAUUUCAGCGGCAACUAUCUUGAUUUGCCUUUGAAGGAUGUAUCGGUAAAGUCUCCGAUAUUUUCAUGCGAUGGAAAGACUCUGGUUUGGUUACAAAGAAAAGCGGGGGGACCUCAUGCUGCUUGCAUGUCUUUAGUGAAGACUGCACUGCCUUUAUCUGAAAAGUCUCCUGUGGAGACAGUGGUGCCUGUUGUAGAUACAGAAAUAAAAAUUAAUGGAGGGAAGACAUUUUAUGGUCUUUACAAUUCUACCUUCCUGAAGAGACCUUGGGCUAGCGGCAAUAGGUUGAUUGUGAAUACAAACCAAAAGUAUGCUGUGAAUGCGUAUGUGAUCGAUAUAGAAAAUGGUGACAUAUCAGAACUGUCUUACCAUGAUGGUAGCCAGAUAGUAUUCGACGUUAAAGACGAUAUCCUACUAGCUACCCAACGCACGUAUUUGAAGCCUGAUAAACUGGUAUUAGGGAAAUUGAGCCCCAGCGGUGCGGACAUUGUCUGGAAUGACUUGACAAGUAGCCAAGUCGUAGAUGGAUUGGAGAACUGUACAUAUCAGUAUUUGGAUCUUAUAGCAGAUGAAGGUGGUUACAAUUCGUUCAACGCCACAUACGUCGGACCCAAAGAUGGCAAAGACAAAUCUGUACCGUUAAUAGUGUGGCCUCACGGUGGUCCUCACAGUUCUUUCACGAACAACUUGAUAUUACAAGGUUCUAUGUACCUGAAAUUCGGUUUUGCUAUUCUAUUCAUAAACUAUCGAGGUUCGACAGGAUGCGGUCAGAAAUGCGUGGAAUUUUUAACGGGCAAAAUCGGAGAUACGGACGUAAAAGACUGCGUUCAAGCGACUGAUACAGCUUUGAAAAAAUAUCCAUGGUUGAACCCUGACGCGAUGGCCUUGGUAGGUGGGUCCCAUGGUGGAUUCUUAGUCGCUCACCUCAGCGGGCAGUAUCCGGAUAGGUUCCAUGCUGUUGUUGCCAGAAAUCCCGUCAUCGACGUAUCUUCGAUGAGUAUCAUUUCCGACAUUCCAGACUGGUGUUACGUUGAAGCAGGCAAAGAAUAUACUCAAAAAGGAGAAAUUGAUAACGAUAUCCUUCUAAAAAUGAGAAAGGUGUCUCCAAUCAUGCAUGCCCACAAAGUGAAAGCACCUACAAUGCUUCACAUUGGUUCAAAAGAUUUGAGAGUGCCUCACCAUCAGGGUACAGAAUUUCAUCUUAGACUGAAAGCCAAUGGUAUUCCAACAAGAAUGCACUUGUAUGAUGAUAACCACCCGUUGGGGUCUGUGCCAAAUGAAUUCGAUCAUAUAAUCAACGCAAUGCUGUGGAUAUCUGAACAUUUGAAAAUGGACAACUAACUUGCAUUUAAUGUAUAUUAUAUAUAAUAUAUUUUUACUUUUUAAAAA